AUGGAUACUCACUACUCGAUACGAUUUUAUGAAGAACUAAUGAAUGAUAUUGAAACAAUGGGACGAACAGAAGAAGUUAAGGAUGAAAUAUCUAAACGAUUAUGCCAGGUAAAACAAAGAAAAAAUAUAGAAAUGGGACAAAGAAGAGACAAGGGAAUUGGAAUUUAUCCAUGUAUUCGUAUCGAAAUGCAAUAUGAUAGCUAUGAACGUUUUACCAGUUUGGCAUUCAUUCAUGUACCAGAAAAAGAUUUAAAUAAUAUAUUACAGUCUCAUUUUGUUCGUCCAUUCUCACUCAUCGAACACAAAGAUCAUCAUUUGAAAAUGAAAAGAAUCGUUUCAUCCACCGAUAAACUGACUCGUUUAUCGAUAUCCACUCACAUUCGAAUCGUAUUUGCACCCAUGUGUAACGGUGUUUCAACAAAUAUAAUCAAAUCUUGGUUUGAAUAUUUUGGAACCAUCAGAAAUGUAUCAUCUUAUUUUGAUGAAUCAUUAAUGCGAACAGUAGCCAACAUCAAUUAUGAAAAAUUCGAUUCUGUUAAUAAAAUCAUUACAUCAUCACCACUCGAUCCAUUAUUAAUGGAAAGCGUAUCAAAAAUAGUUAAUGGAAUGGAUGAAAACAAUCCAGCAAUGCAAAAACAACGUGAAAGAGUGAACGAUAUGAUUCGUAAACAAAUACAUUAUCAUUUAACAAAAUAA